UUGCUAUUAAAAUUUCAGAGUUAUUUCGUUACUGAUUACGAUCCAACAAUUGAAGAUUCCUAUACAAAACAAUGUGUAAUUGAUGAUGUACCUGCCAAAUUGGACAUACUAGAUACUGCCGGUCAGGAGGAAUUCAGUGCUAUGCGAGAGCAAUAUAUGCGUUCUGGUGAAGGAUUUUUACUUGUUUUCUCAUUAAACGAUCAUUCCAGUUUUGAUGAGAUACCAAAAUUUCAAAGGCAGAUUUUGCGGGUUAAAGAUCGAGAUGAGUUUCCAAUGUUGAUGGUUGGUAAUAAAUGUGAUUUGGAGCAUCAACGUAGAGUUUCACUGGAAGAGGCACAAAAUGUAAGCCGAAGUUUACUUAUUCCGUACAUUGAGUGCAGUGCUAAACUUCGCAUUAAUGUUGAUCAAGCAUUUCAUGAACUUGUACGAAUUGUAAGAAAAUUCCAAAUAGCAGAACGACCAUUUUUGGAGGAAAGCUAUAAAAAGAGAAACAAAAAGAAGUGUUGUCUCUUGUAAUUGUUAAAAUAUUUAUAGAUCUAUUGAUUUUUUUUUAUUUUUUGAUUGAUGAAACAUAUGCUGCCAGACACUUAACUAACAAAAAUUAACAAAACAUCACCCAGUGAUAGGUCAAUUCGACAACUAUUUGAAAAAUUAAAGCAUAAAGGAAGCAGCUGGAAAUACUCUGCCAUUAAGGAAUUUAAUUUCGACUUAUGUGGUUAUGUUUAAAUUUUAUCAUACGUAUAAACAAAUUAUAAAAUAUUUUAUAAAUUAUAAAUAUCUAUAGAAAUUUAGCCACCGUGGUCAUAUAGGGAUUUAUAUACUGUUAAGUCUCAUAUUCAACCGGUGUUUCUACAACCUACGUUUGAUACGAUAGUAAAUCCAUAAUGCUUGCCGGCAAAUAUAAAGGUGUUAUUCAUCUGUCGUGAUACCUUAGUGUAAACAAAAGUAAAAAAUCGUGCCUAUUGGCUUCUAAAA